CUUUUCGCCCCUGCUAGCGUGAUCGCCGGGUCUGGAACAGAUACAACAUUCGAGCUUUUGCCUCUGGAGCUACGGCUUCCGCCCGUGUCCAAGAUGGCUUCCCGGCGUCCUUCUUCCACCUGCCUUGGUGGCGUCUGACGUCGGAGCUGGUAGUGGGUGGAGCGGUUAACAACCCGCAAAUGUAGGGUCCUCUGAGCGGGAGUCAGCCAUGGACUGGAAAGACGUGCUCCGCCGGCGCUUAGCGUCGCCCAACACGGAUUCAAAGCGGAAAAAAAGCGAACAAGAAUUAAAAGAUGAAGAGAUGGAUUUAUUUACCAAAUACUAUUCCGAAUGGAAAGGAGGUAACAAAAACACAAACGAAUUCUAUAAGACCAUUCCCCGGUUUUAUUACAGGUUGCCAGCAGAAGAUGAAGUCUUACUACAGAAAUUAAGAGAGGAAUCUCGAGCCGUAUUUCUACAGAGGAAAAGCAGAGAACUCCUCGAUAAUGAAGAAUUACAGAAUUUAUGGUUUUUGCUGGAUAAACACCAGAUACCACCUAUGAUUGGAGAGGAAGCAAUGAUCAAUUAUGAAAAUUUUUUGAAGGUUGGUGAAAAGGCUGGACCAAAGUGCAAGCAAUUUUUUACUGCAAAAGUCUUUGCCAAGCUGCUUCAUACAGACUCAUAUGGGAGAAUUUCCAUCAUGCAGUUCUUUAACUACGUCAUGCGAAAAGUUUGGCUGCAUCAGACAAGAAUAGGACUCAGUCUGUAUGAUGUUGCUGGGCAAGGAUACCUUCGGGAGUCAGACUUAGAAAACUACAUCCUUGAACUUAUUCCUACUUUGCCACAAUUAGAUGGGUUAGAAAAAUCCUUUUACUCCUUUUAUGUCUGUACAGCAGUUAGGAAGUUCUUCUUCUUUUUGGACCCUCUAAGAACAGGGAAGAUCAAAAUUCAAGAUAUUUUAGCAUGCAGCUUCCUAGAUGAUUUACUGGAGCUAAGGGAUGAGGAAUUGUCCAAAGAGUGUCAAGAAACAAAUUGGUUCUCUGCUCCUUCCGCCCUGAGGGUCUAUGGUCAGUAUUUGAAUCUUGAUAAAGAUCACAAUGGCAUGCUCAGUAAAGAAGAACUCUCCCGUUAUGGAACAGCAACCAUGACAAAUGUCUUCUUAGACCGUGUUUUCCAGGAGUGUCUCACCUACGAUGGAGAAAUGGACUACAAGACCUACCUGGACUUUGUUCUUGCCUUGGAAAACAGAAAGGAGCCUGCAGCUCUGCAGUACAUGUUCAAACUGCUGGACAUCGAGAACAAGGGCUAUCUGAACGUCUUUUCCCUGAAUUACUUCUUUAGGGCCAUACAAGAACUAAUGAAAAUCCAUGGACAGGAUCCUGUUUCAUUUCAAGAUGUCAAGGAUGAAAUCUUUGACAUGGUAAAACCAAAGGAUCCUUUGAAAAUCUCGCUUCAAGACCUAAUCAACAGUAAUCAAGGAGACACAGUCACCACCAUCUUAAUCGAUCUGAAUGGCUUCUGGACUUAUGAGAACAGAGAAGCCCUUGUUGCUAAUGACAAUGAGAACUCUGCAGACCUCGAUGACACAUGACCUCUGAAAGACCACACUGCCUUCAUAAAGACGCCUGAAGGCUGCAUGCAGACCUUCUGAGGCAGAAUCCUUAAGAAACAUUCUAAAUAAAACUCAUCACAUGCCUGUAAACACAGCAAAUGUUGCUUACUAGAGUUUUGGUUGCAACUGGAACAAUUUCAAAGUAAUAGGACCGACUACUAGUUUUAAUUUUUAAUGAAGUGAUAAGUUCCGGUUCCAUUGAGCUCAGACACAAAGAUUUGCUGUAGGUAGGUAUUGAGUUUAAGGACAAUUUCUGGUAUUGAUGUAGGAUUACAAUAUUUGCUCUUCGUGAAUAUCAAGGACUUUUCAAUCAGAGAGUAGCGUACUACAUUUCUGGAUUCAAAAGCUUUAAAUGUGACUGGGGGGGGGGGGGGGACGGACCCAUGGUCUCACUAUGUAGCUCUGACUGGCCUGGAAUUUGCUAUGUGGACUAGGUUGGCUUCAUAAACAACCAUCACCUCUUCCUCCCAAGUGCUGAGUUUAAAAAUGAGUGCCACCAUCCUUAUUUUGCUUUUUUCUUUUUAAGAUUGCAUUUAUUUACUGUGUGUGAACACCAGAGCACACAUGCUGGAGCUCCAAUUCAGGUUGCCAGGCUCACCAGCAAGCAUUGUACCCACUGAGUCAUCUUCCUGCCCAACUUCAUUUUCAUUAAGAUGGUGUUUCAAGCCAGACAAUGGUGGUACACGCAUUUAAUCCCAGCACUUGGGAGGCAGAGGCAGAUGGAUUUCUGUGAGUUUGAGGCCAGUAUGGUCUACAAGA